AUGCGGGCUCAGCUUGUGCUCCCGUCACUGCUCGGGGCGAUCGCCUUACUCGCCUGGCCAGUGUCGGUCUCCUCAUCUAUCACCUACUGUUCGUCCGUGAACACGGGAUCUUCUCAAGCCGCAAAUGAGAGUACGUUCCAGUCAAACGGUCUCUGCGAGGAUCAUUGCAGUUCCUAUGCGUUCGGUAUCCUGCAAGGCUACGACUGCUGGUGUUCGAACAUUGCUCCGAAUUCUGCAACCAAUGUGAACAACUCCAAAUGCAGCCAAGAUUGUCCUGGGUAUCCGGAUGAUAGCUGUGGAAGUACUUCCAAGGGCCUGUAUGCCUACGUCGAAGUCGUCGGCAACCAGCCAUCAGGCACCGCGACCGUCUCGUCCACUUCAACCACAUCAAGUUCGACAUCCUCGACACAAUCGUCUUCUACGACAUCAGCUGCCACUACAACUACUGGCCAGACUGUGUCGACCGAGACCAAUGCCGGGGGUACGGUCAAGACGGUCACUCUUGAAGCAACACAGCCGACCGCGACGGCGUCCAGUACUGGCACGUCUUCCAAGUCCACUAGCAGCUCGGGCAUGAGCUCGGGAACGAUUGCUGGUAUUGUGGUGGGAUCCAUUGGUGGUGCCCUUGCAAUCAUUGCUCUGAUAUUCGUUCUCUUCUUCGCAAAACGCAAGCAGCGUGCGAGCAGCCCUGAUCCAAGUGUACAGAACAUCCUACUGGACGGAAGACAAAGCAAAGGCUCACAGAUGAGUUUCAUGAAGGGCAUGUUUUCCGAUAACCAUAGUCAUACGCUAUCGGCCGGAUCGUCGAUCGCCGCCCACCGUCUGCCGACCUUCACGGACAACCGCAUGAAGACGGAUACCGUUCUGUUUGCCAAUGGUCGUCGUGACAGCGAUGCAUCGCUGCAAGACAACGAGGACUACUCUCGUCCUGUUCUACGGCUCACGAACCCGGACUAG